AUGAUUUAUACAGCCUGUAUUAAUUCUGAAUUACAAAGCAAGUUCAAAGAAAUUCCACCGCAUAGCUCUGGUGAUGAAAUGGAAUCAACUAUUAAAAACGAAAAUACAGAUCCUGAUAAUAAAGAAACUCAUAUACCAUAUGAUGGAAAUAAAGUAUUUCAAUGA